ACCUAACCAGCAAAUGAGCAGAUCCAUCCCUAGGGCUUCGCAAGGGUUGUCAAUUGGGCCCUCUUUCUCGCUCAUCCUAGCUCAUAUAGGCAUCUCUCUCUCAACACUCACCACCAGACAUCUGCAACACUAAGUGUUGCGAUCGAGAAGCAUCGGAUCGGACAUGGGGAGGUCACCGUGCUGCGAGAAGGCUCACACGAACAAGGGCGCCUGGACCAAGGAGGAGGACCAACGCCUCGUCGCCUACAUCAAGGCCCACGGCGAGGGCAGCUGGAGGUCGCUUCCCAAGGCGGCGGGGCUGUUGCGCUGCGGCAAGAGCUGCCGGCUGCGGUGGAUCAACUACCUGCGGCCUGACCUCAAGCGCGGCAACUUCACAGAGGAGGAAGACGACAUCAUCAUCAAGCUCCACGGCCUCCUCGGAAACAAGUGGUCUCAGAUAGCCGGGCGGCUGCCGGGCCGUACUGACAACGAGAUCAAGAACUACUGGAACACGCACAUCAAGCGCAAGCUCCUUGCCCGGGGUAUCGACCCGCAAACGCACCGCCCGCUUAGCGUCGCCGCCGCUGCAGGACCAGAACGACCAGGCACCAACAGCCACCAGGACCACCUGGCGGCGAGGUCGAGCUGCUCCCCGGAGACCAGCUGCGCCGGUCGCAGCAGCGACCACGACAGCGGCGUGUCCGCGCCGCGCCUUGGCUGCUGUAUCGACCUCAACCUGUCCAUAAGCCAGCCGAGUCAGCCGUCCUUACCAUCUUCGUCGCCGCUGCCGGUGAAGCAAGAUGCAGAAGCAACAAACAGCGCGAUGGCAGUGGUUGUAUCCAGGGCUACAGUGAGUACAAGCUACUCAGAUGGGAAGAACAUAUGUUUGUGCUUGAAUCGCCUGGGCUUGCAACGAGGUGACGGGUGCACCUGCAGCCAUGUUUAGCUUCUCUUCUUCAUCCAACAUUCCAUCCUGCAGGGCGGGAGAUCAACAGUUAGUACUCACGUGGUUACGACUGGGCUCAAAGAGAAAGAGAAAAAGAUGUUGAAAUCUGUGUUUGCUGGAGCAUUGUGAUUUGAUUUUGAGGAAGUCGAACGGUCUGCUCCCUGUUCCAUUAAUUUUUGUAGUUAAGCAUCGUUGCUGGCU